AGAAAGUUUUUGUUAGCAUAACAUUGUUGACAAAAUUGUUGAAAGCGAAAACUGAAAUUAUUUUCUUAUUUCGACGUAAUGAUCAUAUGCGCGUAUGAGGCUUUUUGAUAUUAUUUUUAUUUAGGACAAGGAAAUUAAAUGAAAUAAUAUAUCAGCAGCCUCGUUUUUGCACUUGACAGAUAUGACAAAAAAUUGUUAAUGAGUGAAGCAGGAAAGGUUCAUGAUUAGGUCGAUUUGUUAUUCUAUUGAUAAGUACUGCACGUGAUAGCAUUUUACAUUUACGUAGUUUCUCUAGGAUGUGAACUAGAAAAAAAAAACUAUACCUUCGUCAUGUCAUCUUAGUUUAAUUAGCCACAAAUAUUAUGAAAGUAAGUAAAAACCCAAUUUUUACGAGAUAAAUGUUCCACAUAGGUCAUCGAAUAUUAUUCAUAAUCAAGUCGAAAACACCGAUAAGCGAUAUUGUGGACACUAGUGCAUUCUAAACAUGCCUUCGUAGAAUCUGAGGACGAAAUAGGUCAUAAGUUUAAAGGUGACACCCAAUCAAAGAAUUUAUAACAAAAAAGCCGCUAUAUAAAGGAUUUGAAUGUGACCAAUUUUGGAUAUUAGUGAAAAGUGUGUCAAGAUGACUAAGAUUUUGGUAUUAUUCGGAGUAACAGUUCUCCUGGCAACUGCCAUGUCUGUACCAUCUGGUACAGGCUCAUCGGGUCACGGCAAUCAGUUGGGCUCUGAGCAUGGUGGUAGAGGAAGUGGAUUUGGCGGUCACGAUAGUGGAUUUGGCGGCCACGGAGGCCAAGGUAGUGGUUUUGGUGGCGGCCAUGAUGGCGGUUUCCAAGGUGGCCACGGGGGUCAUGGAAAUCAUCAAGGGAGUGGUCGUGGGGGUGGUCACGGCGGGGGACAAGGUGGUGGAUUUGGCGGCGGUCACGGAAACGGCCAAGGCGGCGGAUUUGGGGGUCACGGCGACCAUGGUGACCAUCAAGGCGGGUAUAAAUCUCAUGGUUAUUAAAAAUAACUAUGUUGUUUUGUAUAAUAAAUGCUUUUUAUGUUUUUAAAAA